UUCCCACAGCCGAUACGCACAGAGCCUUGCCCGGGACCUGGGUGAUUCGGAUCCGUAGCCCUGAGCGAAGUGACCACACCGGGUUGGAAAGCCUACGGAAAGAGUGAGGGACGCAGCAUGCAGUGGAUAAACAAGAGAGAGUAGAGUCUGGACUGGAAGAGAGGGAGAUCCUAUUUCAUUUGGGUAUCAAUUUGAGUCCGUGGCGCAAAGAAGGAAAGGGUGUAUGCGUAUGGGUUUAGUUUGAAGGGCGAGUGCGUUGCGCAUAGGGAGAGUGUAAUUGGGAUGAGAGCUCAAGUCAGGGAGCCAGCAGGUCUGACAUUCAAAGCCUCUUAACGGCAGGUGGAGGGAAGAUCGACCUGGUGGAGUGAGAGUGUUUUUUUUCUUCCGAGGAGAGACCCACCCUGGACACCGCACCAAGAGGGAGAAGCCGGGGAGAGGGGUCGAGGCGGGGCGGGCAGGAGGAACUCCACAAGGGGAACAAUACAAGUUAGGCAAUAAUGCUUUCUCUCAAGCCUAGUACGAAACGAUGAACUGGCGCUUAAAGAUAGCCGAGAAAGGGAUAUUAUAGAGAAGAGGGGAUACUGCCUCGUUGUUUGUCCUCGAUCCUGUGACGUUGAGAUGGAGAGAGAAAGAGCGCACGGACGAAAUCCGGUUGAUUGCUGCAGCGGAGGUGCGAGGAGCUGCGCCAGGACGGAGAUGAGGAGAGAUCGGCGCUGGAGACAGCAGUGGACCGUGAUUUUUCUCAUCGCCCUCGCUCUGCAGCCGCAAGCUGUGUGUGCAGUGGGGAUGUUUGAGCUGCAGAUCCGUCACUUCCAGAACCCCCAAGGUGUGCUGCAGAGUGGAGAGUGCUGUGACCUCCAGGCCACCGAGGGGCAGCGCUGCUCUCCCAGGGACCAGUGUGACACCUUCUUCAAGGCCUGCCUCAAGGAGUACCAGGCCCGCGUCGUCCCCACCGGAGCCUGCACCUUCGGGGCGGGCAGCACCACCGUCCUGGGGGGCAACACCCAGUCCCUCCGUCAUCGAGGUCAUGACGGAGGAGGGGGAGGAGGGGGAGGAGGAGGGGAUGUCACUACAGGACACAUUGUCAUUCCCUUCAAAUACGCCUGGCCGAAAUCUUUCUCCUUGGUGUUAGAGGCUCUGGACCAUGACAACAAAACAUCCGAAUCAGGUCAGGCUGGUCUGAUCGAGCGUGUCCUCCUGUCCUCCAUGUUGAAUCCCGGCGAGCAGUGGCAGACGUACCGUCACCACGGACGCUCGCUCAGCCUGGAGUACCGCCUGCGGUACCGCUGUGACCUCAACUACUACGGCCCCUUCUGCAACAAGUUCUGCCGGCCCCGGGACGACUUCUUCGGACACUUUGACUGUGACGUCAGCGGCAUCAAGGUCUGCAAGGAGGGCUGGACCGGACCGGAGUGUCGAGAAGCGGUGUGCAGACAGGGGUGCCACCAGAUCCAUGGCUCCUGCUCUGUGCCUGGAGAAUGCAAGUGUCACUACGGCUAUGAGGGUGCUCUGUGUCACCGGUGUAUGACGUUCCCAGGCUGCGUCUACGGGAGCUGCGUUGAACCCUGGCAGUGUGUGUGUGACGUCAACUGGGGAGGCCUGCUGUGUGACAAAGAUCUGAACUACUGCGGUACCCACCGGCCCUGUAAGAAUGGGGGCACCUGUUCCAACACAGAGCCUAACGAGUACCAGUGUGAGUGCCAAGAGGGCUUCCGCGGGCGCAACUGUGAUAUCGUGGAGCAUGCGUGUCUCUCGUCCCCCUGUGCGAACGGGGCCACCUGUGCGGAGGAACCGUCGGGUUUCAGCUGUGUCUGUGCGGACAGCUGGACCGGACACACCUGCGCCGACGCGGCGCGGCAGUGUGACUCAAACCCGUGUGGGCGAGGGGCGACGUGCCAGGAGUCUCCAGAGGGGUUCCGGUGCCUCUGCCCCCCCGGCUGGACUGGCAGAACCUGCCAACUAGACACCAACGAGUGUGACACGGGUGUGUGUGUCCAUGCCCGCUCCUGCCGUAAUCUGAUUGGUGGAUACCUGUGCGAUUGCCUGCCAGGCUGGGCGGGGCCUACCUGUGACGUCAGGAACAGCAGCUGCCAGGGGUUAUGUCUAAACGGAGGUCACUGUGAGGACUCUGUGUCAGGCUCACACUGCCUGUGUGUACCCAGUUUCUCUGGGAAGCACUGCCAGACUGGCCCCAGUCCCUGUGACAGCACCCCCUGUCAGCACGGAGGCCAGUGUGUGGACACGGAGGGCAGGGCGGAGCUGUGUAGCUGUCCCAUGGGCUACUCAGGGACGUACUGCGAGAUGGUGGUGGAUCUGUGCAAUCCCAACCCAUGCCAGCAGGGGGUGCCCUGUCAGAGCACCGACGGGGGGUACACGUGUGCCUGCCCCGAGGGUUACUAUGGUAAUGAGUGCACGAGCCUUAAGGACCCUUGUCAUGGCCAACACUGUCCAGGUGCCAUGUCAGACCCGGCUCGUGGAGGGGUCCAUCUCUACAUGGUGUUGGUGGGAGUGUCAGCGUUAGUAACGGCGUGCGGCUGCGCAGCCUGCGCCCUCCUCCUCUCCCGUCUCCACCGACGACGGAAAAAGACACAGGGCGGGCCCCAGGAGGAGGGCAUCAACAACCAGAGAGAGUUCGUCACCCUCGUCCGAAACCUGGACCGCCCCGCGCCCCUCCUGCCCCCUCUCACCCCCAACACCACCGCCCACACCCCUGUCCCUGUCCCUGUACCUCGCUUCUGCGAAGAGAUCGAGCUCACUCUGCCCCCUCCCCGGCCCCCUCACACCCCUCCCCUGCACUCAAACCAUCAAACCACGCGCCCAAACAGGACAUCUCCAACCGUGAGAGGGAGAAGCUCAACCGCUUCCACUACUCAGACAAACAGGAACUGGAGGUGUGACCUUUGGACCUUUCAACCGUCUAGAGGCUUUUAUUAUUUUGCGCCCGCUUCUCUCUGACCGGGCCCUGGGCCUGGGCCCCGGCCCGGUGGCAUGUUGCACAGGUUCCUGUGGCGAUGACCUCACCCCGACCCAUCCCUCUGUGAGUUGACUCCUCAUCUUUUGUGAGCUGAUAUUGUCAUCUGCUAAUUGGCAUAAAUUAUUGUUGUAGAAUGCUGGGCCUACGAGGUAGCUAAGCAGAUCUAUUUUGGGGACCGACCUCGCCAACACCCAGAAACAGCAUGGCGGGGAACUUUUUACAUCAUGCCCUUCUGAACUGCUGACCCCGGAGCUAAUCUUACGAGGGUUGGCCUUUGAGUUAAGAGUCUGGCCUGUGUCUGAGUGUCUCUGUGUUGUAUGGGGACUCAUGUAGACGGGAACAACUGUGAGGAGCCCUGUGAGCCAUUCCCCAGGUUUUAAUGUCCCUCUGUAGGCACCCCACUGCCCUGGUUGCCCUGGAAGGCCUGGAUGGCCUGUCACUGACAUAUGUAACUGGACCUCUACAGGAACUCCAGCCCUGCGCUGUUGCCUUCUGGGCGGCAGCAACCGACAGGGGAUGUGAGGGAAGGGCAAAGUGGUUUUAAUUCCAAUUAGUCCAUUUCCACAUUAAUUAUUGAAGGAUAAACUGUGGUAUAAAUAUUGUGUGUGUGUGUAUGCAUGUGUCUGCGUGUGUCUGUGUGUGUCUGUGUGAGGUGUGUGUUGGUCUCUGUGUGUCUCUGUGCGUUGGUCACUGUGUGUCUCUGACACAGGCGGACAGCAUGUGUCAGUCUGAGGUGUGUGUGUGUGUGUGUGUGUGUGUGUGAUAAGCAUUACAGAGCUUCAUGCCUGUUGCCAGGAGAAAGAGAGAAAAUGACUGAAGGCGCAAAAGAG